AUGUCUGAACAUCAGUACAAAUUCAACGUUGCCAUGAGCUGUGGUGGUUGCUCGGGUGCCGUGGAGCGAGUCUUGAAGAAACUGGACGGUGUUAAAUCUUUCGAUGUCAGCCUCGAUUCCCAAUCCGCCCUCGUUACUACGGAACCCUCUGUGUCCUACGAGACCGUGCUCACGACCAUUAAGAAGACCGGGAAGACCGUCAACAGUGGAGAAGCAGAUGGUCAGGCCAUGAGUGUCUGA